CUUUCACUUUGAACUGAGCCAGUGUCUGAGCAGGAUACAGAGAGUGACAAGAGGGAGAAAUCCAGGGGAGGAGGUCAGCUCCGGCACUUUAUCCAUUGACCAGUUUUAAGGGACAUUGGGCUGGUUAAAGUUCAGGAAAAUUCUAGGUCAGUAGUGACAAAGAGAAAGGGAAAGGGAAAGAAGAAAAGAUUUAAAAAGAAAGAAAAAAACAAGGAUUUGAAAGUGAAAGGCUGCAGCCACCCCGGCUUAAGUGGGGGAAAAUCCCAAUAUAAGACGUUAAGUGACAAAUGAGGUAUCUACGUGGAAAGUACCAAAGGAGCCCAAAAAAAGAGAAAGGGAUGGUCUGAGGGAUGUGCAGAGGAAGACUAAAUAUCAAGCAGUGAAGAAGAAACAGAAGCAUACUCUGUCACAGACCUGUAAAACCACAGGAGGAAGCUUCGUCUUUUACAAACUAACACUGAAACCUGCCUGCAGAGUGACUGCUCCCUGCGAGAGAAAUGGACACGCAGCCAAGGUAAAAGGAUGACACUGCCAGUUCUUCUGUUGCUGUCAAUACUAACUACCCAAUGUGGUGGAUGUGAGUUUGACCUAGAAGGCACGAGAAACAUGAAGGCAACCAUCGACUCGAAUCCUACAGGCUUUCGGAGCGUGUUCCCGAAAGACUACUAUGUGGUCCACAGAUACACAAAACACAUGCUCUGUGACACCGAUCCGUGUUGCGUGUUCCCUGCUGCAUUUGUCCUCCUGGAUUCUUGGCAUGUGCUUCUUCGGAACCUCUGGGAGGAACACUUAAAUCACUCCUUAAUACUGGAUCUAAAGCAGACACUGGACAAAAUUAUUAGCAAGAACAGAAACAUGGAUAGUUUUCGGGAGGAGACGGACUUGUCCCAGUUCACCCAGGUGUCUUCUUCUCCAGAGGAACUCCUAAAACUAACAUCAGAACUUUUUAGUCGAUGGAUUGAAAUUGGGUGCCCACCUUCAAUUGAAACUUGCACCCUGCCCACCUUGCCACCCUCUGUCGAAAGGAAGGACUACGGUCCAUCAAGGGCCAGACUUUUAACCACCAGAGCUAUCAGUAAGGUGGACGAAGAACACCCUGAAAAGAUGAUCCACAAUGCACAGCCGAGUGGGGUUCCUCCAUCAUAUUCUGUUUUCAUUUGGAGCGCCUUGCUAUUCAGACUGUACUGGUGGUUGCUGCCAUAAUUACUGAAAGGAUCUUUAGAUAAUGCACACAAAAUGCAAGACUGGCACUGAAUGACUCUUUUCUUGUGUUUGUGUCUCUGUGUUUCAGUUUCAGUGCAGUAAGCUUUGUUAAAAAGAAGUGUGAUGUUUGAUAUCCAAAGUUAGAUGAAACUGCCAAGCUCACCAUCCAACAGUGUUCUGCAAGAAGUGAUAUCACCAGUGUAAUCCAAUACCCCUCCCUCUUUAGAGCAAGCUAUCUACAGUUUUCAUGUCCAUGAAGAACAGAAAGGGUUUUUUUCUCACUGUUUACGAUGAAAAUGGAUGUACAUAUGUUUACUUUUGUACAGCAAUGUAAAUAUGCAAAAUAUACAUGCAUAUCCCAAGUUCUGUGUGUUAUAUUUAUUGCAAUGUUUGUAAUGUACAUUUACAGUUAGGCUACUUAAGUAAAUGUGCUUAAGUAAAGUGUUGGGAUGUUUGUUCAUACAUAUUUAAUUUUUUUUUUUUAUUUAAAGACGUUUACUCUACAUUUUAGAGGAAAAUAUUCCACAUAUUUAUAAAUUAUGGUGCACAUAUUAUGCACUGUGAUACACUGAGUUUAUGAAGUUGUUAGAAUCAGUGCUCCACCAAUUACAGUUGUAAUACAUGCUUAAUAAUGUAGCCUAUGAACAAUACUAACAAUAUC